CAGGGUCCUGGAAUAGAGUCCCACGAGGGGCUCCCUGUUCAGGGAGGAGUGUGCUUCUCCCUCUCCCCCUAUUCGUGCCAUGCUCUCUCAAAUAAAAUCUUGGGGGGGGGGGGAAGAGGUCACAGAAGGAUCCCUGACUCUGACUGGAUCUUUCGUUGGAGACCUGAGAAUCUGAACCUCUUACAGUCCUUCCCACAGUGGAGCCAACAGGGAAUCGGGUGGAAGAAAAAGAACGAGUUUUGUAUCCAAAUCAAGUAUGAGAGACCAGUUCAUUGAAAAACAAAACCCCCAAAUUCACACAUCUGGUAGACUGUAGUCAUAGCCCUGUCGACCGAACACUUCUGUUCCCAAACACUUUUGUAAACCAAAAGGGUCUGAGGACAGGUGCUGGGCAGAUACUCCGGGUAGCUACCCAAGCAAAACCGCCGCAGUUCCGGCUGGCAUGGCUGACACCAAGCUGCCCUGAGGGCCCUCUCACUCACCCCUGGAGUAAGCACAUCCAUAUCUUGGGAAGAGCUCUAGACCCCUCUCAAUCAUAAGUCCACAAGAAAUCAAACUCUUUCCUUUGUGCGACGCUGGAUUUUCCACAAAGUAAAAUCAAGAUGAGUAAAGAUGUGGUUUCUAGAUAGUACUCGACAAAGCGGAGACCAGGGUUGGAGGCGUCAUCUUUGGCCUAUAAAAGCUGCUGCAAGAGGCCAAGGCCACAAGCCACUCAGCUUAGGCCAGCCUACGAGUCUGCUCCUCGAUCCUCCUGUGUUGGCUUUCAGCCCCAUGGCGCUCUGGUUGACUGUGAUCAUUGCUUUCACCUGCCUUAGUGGCCUUGCCUCCCCAGGUCCUGUGCAUAACUUAACAACCACCAAGGAGCUCAUUGAGGAACUGGCCAACAUCACCCAGAAUCAGGCAUCCCUCUGCAAUGGCAGCAUGGUGUGGAGCAUCAACCGGACCACCAGCAUGUACUGUGCAGCUCUGGAAUCUCUGACCAGUGUCUCCAACUGCAGUGCCAUCCACAGGACCCAGAGGUUGCUGAGAUCACUGUGUCAUCAGGAUACCUCGGCAGGGCAGAUCUCCAGUAAGGACACCAAAAUUGAAGUGAUCCAGUUGGUGAAAAACCUGCUCACCUACGCACGGAGUGUUUUUCGCCAUGGAAAUUUCCCAUGAAGCAUGAAAACCUCGCAUUCUUAUUCACAGAGGCAGACCUGACCAUUUAAGUUACAGAUUCAUUUUUUCUUUCAGAUGUCACAGAUUUCUUGUUGGGAUAGGGUGCAGGGAGGGAGGGAGACAUGAUUUCCUUAGCUUGGAUCUCAGCCUGUGCCACCUGCCUCCACCACGCAGAGCCCAGCCAGUGGCUCUACACUCCGUGAAGGACAAGAGAGAAACACUGCUUGGCAGGACUGCCCCCUCCUGAGACCAAACCCCUGCAUUACAAUGGGAGCUGCCUUGGCAGACACAAGUGGGAGGGGGCCUUGCUGUUCACAGGCAUGGCUAAGGCAGACAGCAGCAUCCCAGGCACAUUUCUUCUUAGCCUUAUUUAUUAUUGUGUGUUAUUUAAAUAAGUGUGUUUGUCUGUGCUGGGGACAGGGAGGGACUGUUGCCUCCAGAACCUGGAGCUGGGGGCCCGACGAUGUGGGUGUUAGGAGUCCCUGGGAAUAAGCACUGUGUGUAAAAUUCUGCUACCUCACUGGGGUCCUGGGGCCAACACAGGACGGGAGAGAGGGCCAGAGAAGCUGCUCUUGUCUGCCACGCAGCAGCUGGCCCUCAGCCAAAGAGUAAUUUAUUGUUUUUCCUUGUAUUUAAAAUUAAGAAAUAAAAUAUGUUAUCAAAGAGUUAAUAAUAUAUAGAAGCGCAGCCUAGAAGGUUGCAUUGGGUGUGUGUGGCCUGGGGGGAAGGGUCACUGAAUGUGUUCUUUCACUGACUUGUCAAACUGGAAGCCAGAAAUAAAGACAGUGACAAGACCUGA